AAGAGGCAGCGGUUCAGGGCCUGGGCUAAGUGGGGAGAUCGCCUGCCUGCGGCUUCGACUGAGCGGAGAGGUUGCAGCUCGGGGCCUUUCUUGCAUGGAGAGUGCGUAGUUGCAGUGGACGUGCUCUGGAGACCGGGCUGGGUCGGGACGGGUCGGGACGGGCCGGGCCGGGCCGGGCCGAGCCGAGCCUCGAGGCCGCAAGGCCCUUGUGAGGAGCGGAGCAAGCCCGGGCUGCGCGUCCCGCAGGGGACAGAAUGAGCGAAAGUGGCAAGAGGAAGAGAAGGAAGAGUUUAAACCCCUCGCGUUAUUCAGGGUUCGACUCCACAGUUGAAGAUGAAUGGGAAAGCAGUCCUGAAUACUGUACACAUUCAAAUGAUUCACAAGACCUUUAUAUGACAGUGAGACCAAUAAACACUGUUUUGAAAGGAACUAACAAGAGGCAGUGUGGGAUUGAAAACUGGAGCCUUUUUAAUGACCAAGAUGGAAAAUUCAACGCCUACCACUCUGAACAGAGCAUUUCUCUCUCCAAUAAACACCAAGAUGAUACCACAGAAAGUUCAAUUAGUGAUGGUUCAGAGAGACGGGACAAAUCUCCUUGCAUGGGAAUUCUUUACCAGCACAAGUGGCCUCUGCGAAAACCGUCCUGCGACGGACUCUACAGCUGCGAGCACUGCGACUUCAACAGCAAGUACCCGCUGGAGUUGAAGCAACAUGUUAUUCUCAGGCACACCGACACUCUGUCCAACGUCUGCCCAGUCUGCAAGCGUGAAUUCCUGACGUACAGUCUGCUCCACAAGCACUUGCAGGCCCACGAGACAGACGAGCCAAGUGCUUGUCAGCUGUGCAGCCACAGUGCUGAAAACCCAAAGGAGCUAGAGUUACACGUGGCAGAUGCCCAUGUCGGUGAGUAUCUGUACUGGUGUGAGCAGUGCAACAUUCACUUCUGCAGCACCAGUGAUCUCCAUCUUCAUCUGCAGCAACACGACGGCGAUGAGGAGUACCUCUGCCAGUUCUGUGAGUACGGUACGGAUGAUGCUACUGAGUUGCACGGCCAUGUCCUUGCUGAACAUGCGUACAGCCUCAUGGAGAUGAAUGACACCUCCGAAGACGGACUUCACGGAGCAGCUGGCUUCCUGAGUAAAGUGAGCUUUGACCGGGACCGAAAUUUCUUUAUAUGUCAGUCCUGUGGCUACAGGAGCCGGCUGUUCGCCAACGUCAACAGGCACGUAGCGAUCGAACAUGCUCGAUUCUUUCCAUUCGUAUGCGACGAUUGCGGAAAGGGGUUUUGCAACACGGCGGAAUAUGACAAACACUUGAACUUGCACUCGUCUCAGGAGAUUUAUUUGUGCCAGUACUGCGAUUACUCUACGGAGCAAAUUGCAAACCUUCAAGCACACAUCGAUGUGGGCCACACUGCAGCUUUACCGUACAAAUGUGAGAUGUGCAUGCUGAGAUUUACAAGCAACAGUGAGCUCAUGUGGCACCUUGCUAAACACAAACAGAACAAUGAGCAACUAUGCUAUCAGGUUUAUGACUAAGCAUCUUUUAAACUUGCAAUCUUGACUGUAAAUGUAGAAGUUAAAACAAAAGUUGGAAACACAAUUAGCCUUUUGUUUCUAUUUGGGAGAGUAUUCCCUUGGAAGAAUACCAUGUAAUUUAUCACAAGCCUCCCUAACUCCCAUGAAUUUUGUCCAGUGUUUUACCCUGUGCACUAAAUGAGCUUAUGCAGUCGGCUUCGUGGGUGACUUAAUUUAAAGAUGUAUAGCAUUUUGAAUUGUGUUCAAAUUUUGGUGAUUGUGGCGUCAUGUGUGAAGGUUGAGAACAAAACAAGAAACCAUUCCAAAUCCCAGGACCUAAAAUAUGAACAUUUUAACAUGAAAUGUGGCUACAUAUGGAGUUCUCGUUCUUGCAUCUGGAAAGUAGAAACAGUGAGGGGGUAGAGUUUCUGCUGUGGGUGCAGUUGGUGAUGUAGAUGUCAUCUUCAUUUGUUUUAUUUUCUCAAGUUUCUCCUCAGACUCACUUAAAUAUCAUCAAAUGCGUACAGUAUUUCAGUAAGAGCUUCUUUUUACUUUAAAUUACGUUCUUGUAUUAUGAUUGAGUAGUAACAGUGUUGAUUCAUUAAUAUGGCUGCAGAUUCAGGACGAAAAUAAGCAUUUUAAUCAGUUUCCUUUCCACCUGCAAAUAACUGAAUUCUAAGAAAUUAACUCUUUUUAAAAAUAGCCAGAAUCCUUUGCUACUUGUAAGUUGUUCUUCAGUAAAUUGCUAGACUCAAAAAUCAUGUACAACUUGCCUAUUAUAGCUGUACACUGAACACCAGCUUAAUUUAACAACUCUCUCAAAGCCCCACAAGUGGAACCAAUCAGCAGACGCUCACAGUGGUGAUUAAUUUGUUCUGUGGAUGAGGCCCAUUUUGUGGCCAGUAUUGGCUGACGGUGCAGUGAUUUUUCAGUCGGUCCUAAUCUGCUCUGGGCUUUCCUCACUUUAAUAAUAACUUGGCAAUAUUGUGAUAUACAAGCUAGCACAACUGAAAAGAGGCUCUGGGCUCACCUUCCUGUAAAAUCAUGGCGUGACUUUAAGUAACUUACAAGUUUUUGCUUUUCCAUUGGUCUGGAUUUGGGAAACAGGAUUCCUGCAGCUUUGUGGUCAUUGCAUUGGGGAGAACGGAAUGAGUAUUAGCAACUAUACAGUUAAAUGAAAGAAGUGAACCUCAAAUUAAUCAUGGAGUAAUUUUGGUUGUGCCAGUCUACAAGAAAUAGACACUGGGGUUGAGGAGUGCUUUGAACAGAUUUGUAGAAUUAUGGAACAAUAUUACAUCUCAGUAAUAUUUAAUUAUCCCAGGAGUGAUAACAAAACUUGUCUUAUUACAUAAAACUAAUUUUUCAGAUCCAACAUUAAUAUUUUUUCCUGUUUGGGCAUAUUAUUUAUGAUUAUGAGGACACGCAGUCCCCUUUUAUUGUCAUUUAGUAAUGCAUGCAUUAAGAAAUAAUAAAAAUGUUUUUCCAGAAUGAUAUCACGAAAGCACAUGACAAACCAACUUAAAAACUAACAAAAACCAAAUAUUACUUUUGUUUGUAAUGAUAUUCUGUCCUUAUUUUUUAGACAUCUUAGGAAUAAUGUUUCUGCCGAUGCAGAAACAUGCCCUUUACCAGCCACCGCACCUCUAACCAACACCUGUACCAUUAAGUGUAAAGUUCCUUUGCCACAGUUCAACUUUGUGGCUCAUGAUCUGUGCCCUGCUUUUUUGAGAAUAGAGAUAGAGUAUAUUCUUGAAUGAUACUUGUCCAGUGCACCUCUAACUUUUUCUUGUUCUGUUUUAACUUUCCAUACCCACUUCAUAAGUUUACUGCUGAAAAACAAUUGUGCAAUGUGAACCUUAUUAUUUUUCUGUUUUUAAAAAAAAAUUAAAGAAGCAUCAUUUCUAGUGGAGGAAAAUCAUUUGGAUUUGGUCUAGUCUAUGUAGCAAAUUAAAGUUAAUCUACUUUAGGCCAGUGGCCUGCAUUCAGGUGGUCAGAACAUACCUUAGCUGUGUGGAUGCAGUGGUAAAA